CCCCGCCAACCCAACAUGGAGGCAGGCUUCACGUUGUCGGCGAAAUGACACAAGCGAUAAAAGUGUUUCUCUGUAGCUCCUUGUCGUACGUUAUGACUACAGACUGGACCAGGGCAAACCUCCAGAAGCUUCUUGCUGCAAUGAAAACCAGCAUCCCAGAAAAUUACAGAAUGAGCGGAUUUACCCAAGCUCUAAAAACUGUGGACUGGAAUGAAGUGGCUUUCCCCCCUUUCUCGCCUGAAGCAUGCCAACAAAAGUGGACAGAGAUUUUGCAGAAGAUGCGCAAGAUUCGCACCCUCACAGAGCUCAUUGAUGAAGCUGAAGAUGUCAUUGCCAAUCCUGUGAGGAAUAUUAAGAUCCAUCCAGAGCUCCCAAAGAGACCCGCCCCUCCAAAUUCCAUGUUUUAUGAGGAGAACUACACCAAGUUUCAUCAGCAGCACCCAGAGCUGAGCCCCCCAAAGCUGUUAAAGUUUGUAAACAAGAAGUACAAGAAGCUCCCGAAUGAAGAGAAGGCUCAGUAUGCAAAGAAAUUCCAGCUUGCAAGUAAAAAAUACAAGAGGGACAUGGUGGAGUUCAGGCAACAAUAUCACGAACCUCCUAUUCGUGAGCGCAGGAACGACAGGAAGAGGGUCUGUGCAGACGCCAUAGAUCAGAAUGAACAGCAUUCUCGUGAUGAAGAGGACCUGCCUCCCAAGCCUCCUGUCAAUGGCUAUAAUCUAUUCCGAGAAGAACAACUAGGGUCCAUGGCGGGUGUCUCAGUGCAAGGCUUCUCGAGUGUGUGGGCCCAACGCUGGCGAGAUUUGACUGACAGACAGAGACAUGAGUACCGCACGCGCUGCAGAGAGUUGAAGAAGCAGUACUCGAUUGACCUGAAUCAGUAUCUAAAGAAUAUGGAUGAGGAGGAGCAGGAGCGGGUCCUAAAUAAGCAUGGCAUCAAAAGACCUAAAGAGUGCAAGAGCAUUAAAAGUAAAGUGAAGCUUCUACUUCCUGGCGAGCCCAAGAUGCCGUCUCGAUCUGGAAAUAUAGUUUUCUGCAAAGAUCAAAUGGAAUUUCUGAAGGAGAAAUUCCCAAACUCAAAGGAGCGCUUAAUCAGGUGCAGCCAAAUGUGGCGUGACCUCUCCAAUAAGGAAAAGGAACACUACAAAGAGAAAGCAUAUGAAAAGUUUACACAAUACUUGAUGGAGCUGCAGAAGUGGUUUAAGACAUUGACGCCAGCAGAGCAAAUAGACUAUAAGACAUGCAACCCCACUAAAUGUCAAUACCUUGAUGCCAAAGAAAUUAAAGUUUAUGAGAAACGAGAAGUCUUGUACAGACCGUCAGAUUCAGAAGAUGAAGACAUUGAGUACAGCAGCAGUGACGAAGAAGAGGACAAGUUUGACUGUGAAGAGGAUGAGGAGGAAGAAGAAGGGGGUGACAUCAUGUUUGAGAUCUAUUAGAUGGUGAUGAGAUGGACAGCAGAAGCGUCACAUGCACAUCAAGCUCAGAGCUGUAUUCUGGAUCGGAGAUGAUGGACAAACGCUCCAAUGGCUGACUUUAAUGCCACAUUGUAUGACGGCCAUCUUAGCUGGGAGGUUGCCAUCACCAUUGCACUUACGUGAUGUGCAACAACCAAGGCUGGAUUACAGCCCAUAAAAGCCCAGAGUUACCUACUAUAUGGAAAUGAGUUUGCACAAUAAUAAGUGAUGUGAUCAGCGCCUUGAAGCCCCCGGAAACCUGGGAUCCCUCUGGAAAAGUCCAGUUUUAAGAUCUUCAUUAUUUUGUGUUGCUUGCAUUCUGGGUAUUAUUUUUUUCAAAUUGCCACACAUCAAACCUGGGCCUAUUUAAUAAUCCGCCACUAGAAUGCUGUUCACCAUGGACACCGAGUGAGGGGGAAAUGGGAUGUUAAUAGGGGAUUUGCCCAGGGGCCCCACAUGUAGUUUAUUCUGACCCUUACCGCAACAUAAUGCAUAUGAGGUAAUCAUAAUAUACAGGAGAUGACAAAGACACUUUAUUAUACCAGUAAUCAGCUAAUUUUCAACCUCUACUGUUAAACACUGACAAAAUGUAUGUAUAAAGUUAGAGAAAGCAUCAUGAUCAUGACAUUUUAUUGGCACCAGCCGCUCAGAUUGUCAGAUUUGUCAUUAAAUAAUAAUUUAAUUAUUAUUUUUUGUAUUUAACUGAGUGGGAAAACAUACAAAGCAUUGCUUUUAGUAUUGCUGUAAACCCUUACUUGUAUGUAAAUCACAGAAAGAAAAGACUUUUUUUUUAAUAAACAUGGUCAAUAAAGAUGUAGUUCAUGUUGGA